AUUUUACUGAAAGAGAAGAUCUGACGAACAACCUGUUUUAUAAUUGUCAGACGUCUUUAUAAUAUUAUUUUAUUGUAUCUUGUAACACAUUAAUUUUUUUAAUUUUAUCUUGUAACAUUCGGUCCUGCCCACUCAGUCGGUCUUGCGCGUACUUCCUUUCGUUUCCGCGUUCAACUCAGUUUAGCAGUCUGUUCCCUCUGAUCUGUCUGGUAUUUUCGCCCAGCUUUUUGCUGUUUUGGCGCUUCAUGUCUGUGGAGAAGUAAAAGGACAAAACGUGUGUGAAGAUGUUGACUUUCAGCAGUCAGUGUCACAACUCAGACCAUCCUGCAUCUCCAUAAGAUGAUUUGUUCAAGAAGAAAAUCUUGGACAGCAACAUCUGUACUGCUGAUGAUUCUAAUGAGAGCCUUCAGGGUCCAUACCAUCACAUGUCAUCUAACAGAGUACAAGAUAGGAAAUGAGUGCUGUCCAAUGUGUCCUCCUGGCAGUCGAGUAAAAACAGACUGCACAGAGUUCAGAAGCACGUCCUGUCUGCCCUGCGCAAAUGGGACUUAUCUGGACCGGCCCAAUGGACUAAAGAGAUGCACUCCGUGUUCUACCUGUGAUUCAGGAGCUGGUCUGAUGGUCAAACAAAGAUGUAGAACAUAUGCAGACACAGUCUGUGAACCAAUGGAGGGGUUCUUCUGUACAGACCCUAAAUCAGGAGGCUGUGGUGUAGCACAGAAACACAGGAGCUGUGAACCAGGACAGUACAUCAGCAAGAAAGGAACAGCCUCCACAGACACAGACUGCUCUGACUGCUUCAGUAGAACAUUUUCUAAUGGGACAAUGUUGUCUUGUCAGCAACACAGACAAUGUGAAAAAGAAAACCUUCAGCUGAUAAAAGCAGGAACAGCUUCAACUGAUGCUGAAUGUGGAGAAAAAGGUUCCAAUAUCACAGGAAUAGUGAUCGGUGUGGUGGUUUUUUUAGUUGUAGCAGCGAUUGCUGCUGUACUUAACUGGAAAUAUAAAAUAAUUACAAUACCAGUCAUUUGCACAAAACGACAAAAACCCCAAAGGGAAGACGCAGAAGGAGCAGAACACAGCAAUCCUUUGACAACACCAGGAAAGCUGGUGGCAAAGUCAGAGAUCAACACAGUUAUGUUCAGACUCUGGUGCAAAACUCCCUCCUCCCCACCUUCCUCCUACACUCACCCCUCCUCCCCAUCUUCCUCCUACACUCACCCCUCCUCCCCAUCUUCCUCCUACACUCACCCCUCCUCCCCAUCUUCCUCCUACACUCACCCCUCCUCCCCAUCUUCCUCCUACACUCACCCCUCCUCCCCAUCUUCCUCCUACACUCACCCCUCCUCCCCAUCUUCCUCCUACACUCACCCCUCCUCCCCAUCUUCCUCCUACACUCACCCCUCCUGUGGCGCAUGUAACAUCGAGGGCAAACCGCAGCCGCUGCGACCGCACCCAUAG